AUGCGACAAGCCAAGGGAUUUGCUUCACAUAAAGAGAUGGUGGAUGCUUCUAAAAAAACUGGUUGGGAUACCAAUGCUACUCAAUACAUUGAAUAUGACAAAAAAACCAUUACUACUGAUGUAAUCAAUAAGUAUGUUGAAAUGAAACCAAUAGCACAAGCUCAAAUUGAUGCUUUUACUUCCCUGAAAGAAGAAAUUACUAUUGCAGAAAAUAAGGCUCAACAAAAGUUAGAUGACUUUGAAAACCAAAUCAAAACUCUUUGCAAUAAUAAUCUGGUAGAAGUUAGAAAACAAUUCAAAGUAGUUUAUGAACAGUCUCCUGUAGAACUGAUUUGGAGAACUGAGAAAAAGCAAAUUCAGGUGAACUUCCUAAAUAUACCUCUUGAAAGGAAUUGGAUGAAAAUGGUUUUAUUGGAAGACUACACUGUUAAAAAUGAACUAAAUAAUUUCACUUUUCAAGAGUUAAGUGUGGAAGAAAAGUCAGAACUAGAACAAAUCAAAGCAUAUUUAAGUAAACCAAUAAAAAAAAGAAUUACUAAUGGUCAACUUCGCCAAGCUCUUGGUAUUGACAUUAUCCCUACCAGUCUGGUUUAUGAAUGGGGAGAUAUAGAAGGUUCAGAUAAGUUUUUCUCAAAUGCUAGUGCAAUCAAAAAUGUUGCAGAUAAAGUCAAUAACCUUUCUAAUAAAAGUAGUUUUUUAGUUUAUUUAGAAAAUAAUCUAGCCAAUGAUGCUAAUUUACCUAUUUAUCCAAAAGGCAGUGGGGAGAAUAAAGAGUUAACUUGGUUUUUCACUCAAAAGCCUAAGACAAUAUCUUUACAAUGA